GCUGUUUUCUAUUUAUAGAAAAAUGGAUUGAGCAUUAAUUUGCAAUAUUAAAUGUGUAAAUUAAAAAUAAGAAAUGGUUCAGUUACUAUAUAUUGUAGCCAGCUUGCAUGUGCUACUAUGUCCUUUUACAAAAGUCGAAGAAAGUUUCAACAUACAAGCCAUUCAUGAUAUUUUAUUCCACCGCUUUAACCUAACUGAGUAUGACCACAAAGAGUUUCCAGGUGUAGUACCGCGAACAUUUGUUGGUCCAUUAAUUAUUUCAGUUCUGUCUUCACCCAUUGUUGGAAUAUUUCACCUACUUGGAAUCAACAAAUUUUGGGUACAAUAUGUUGUGCGUCUAACUUUAGCUCUUGUCGUAAUAGCAGCAUGGAGUCGACUUCGAAACGCCAUCAAAAAACAGUUUGGAAACCCCUUUUCAUGGUGGUUCACUCUAAUUACCAUAACCCAAUAUCAUUUUAUGUUUUAUAUGAGUCGACCAUUACCUAACAUUACUGCUCUGCCUCUUGUUCUACUUGCAUUUGAAGGAUGGCUAUCAAGCAAUUACAAACAAUUCAUAAUCACAGCUGGAGCAUCUAUUGUCAUAUUCAGAUCUGAACUUUGUUUACUCUUUGGACUGUUCCUCAUAAUAGAUUUACAUUUUAAAAAAAUUACUUUAACAGAACUCUUAAAAAUCGUGGUUCCAGCUGGAGUGGGUUUGGUGGCAGUGACAGUGCUGAUAGACUCAAUGUUUUGGGGUCGGCUUCUGUGGCCUGAAGCAGAAGUUUUUUGGUUUAAUACAAUAUUAAACAAGAGCUCUGAGUGGGGUACCUCGCCAUUUUUGUGGUAUUUUUAUUCUGCACUGCCUCGAGGCCUUGGUCCAAGUAUGGUGUUGAUUCCAAUGGGUCUUUACCUUGAAAGACGUCUCAUACCCAUUGUUGCCCCAGCUCUUACAUUCAUAUUGAUAUUUUCUUUCUUGCCACACAAAGAAUUAAGAUUUAUUAUAUAUGUAUUUCCAUUGCUUAAUAUGGCAUCAGCAGCUGCUUGUUCAUAUUUAUAUGUUCGGCGCGGUAAAGCACCUGUAUUUGAAUUGCUGUUCUGGGGAGCAAUGACAAUAAUCAUCUGCAAUGUUAUAUUCUCUGUGACAUUAGUUUUAGUGGCUAUGACAAACUAUCCAGGUGGAAUGGCAAUAACAAAAUUCCACAAAAUUAUGAAAAAUGAGCCUUUUGUUAAUGUUCAUAUUUGUAACUUAGCGGCUCAAACAGGUGUGACUAGAUUUACUCAAAUACAUGAUCACUGGAUCUACAGUAAAAAUGAGUCACUAAAUACUGAAGACUUACUGCACUAUACUCAUUUGCUGAUCGAAGCUAAAAGUAAAUAUUCCCCGACUAUCAAAUCAUUCACUCAGACACAUCGGAUUUUGGACAGCACAGAAUCUUUUCACCAGAUUGCAGUAAAUUACAAAUUAUUUCCACCUAUAAAAAUAAGAACCAAACCAGCAGUCUUUAUUUUAGAAAAAAAUAACUAUAGGAGUAAUAUAAACAUAGAAGUAGACGAAAAAUCUACAAACGAAGUAUAUCUUGAACAAACUAAUAAUGAGAGUGAAGAACUACAAUCAGAAGAAAUACUAGAAAACGAAUUUAAAAGCAAAGACGAUGAAAGGAUUAAUGAAACACAAAGUGAUGAAAUUGUAGACGAAGUCUUGAUAGAAGAUGAAAUAAGUUUAGAUUCCCUUGAUACAAAAAUCGAUAGUGAUAGUCCUGACAACAGUCCAAAAAAGGCUCCGCCGAAUAAUAAAAUAUUCGAUGAACUAAAGGCAUACAGAAAAGAAAAGAAGAAAAAAGCAAUGUUAAAAAUUAAAUCAGAAACUCGUAAAGAAGUUGUAGCUUCUGCUAAAGAGAAACUCAAGGAGUUUAUGAAACGUCAUAAACAUAAUUCUGAAGCACUGCCAAAACAUAUCGAGGAGUCCAUUGAUGAAAAAGAUAACAUAAUAGAAAGUGAUGGAAGAGGUGAUAUACCAGAGGACGAAAUACUUAAGGAGACUGAUAUCCUUGAAUCUGAAAUCCAAACAGGUCCAGUUAUUAUAACUGACGAGAAUAUAAGAAGUGUGGAAGAUUCAAGUAAUUCUAUAAUUGCCAAAGAGAACUUGGACAAUAUUGUUGAUGAAGUUAUAAUUCGACUAAUAGAUAGACAUCUUUACGAUGAUAAAACAAAACCAGAAGAUAUUACCGCUCAAGAUAGGCAAAUAAUACAAAAAAUAGUAGAAGAAGUGUUAUCAGAAAAAAUGAAUUACACUAAAAAUUAAAAUGUGGUUACAUUUAAAGUCUAUUUAUACAGUUAAAUAAUUGGUUACAACAGUCAAAUAUACUUUACCAUUGGUAUUGCAAUUAUGUGUAAAAAUGUAAGUACUAAAUACAUAAACUUUAGUGCAUGGAAUGAAUGCAUUAGUCAUCACUCAUCCAACCAUGUCUGUUAGUCAAAUAAUACAAUGGUUUUGAUGUUUUUUUGAUUAAUUAUAUUUUUACAUUAUUUAAAUGAUUUAGUCAAUUUGCCGCGCACGAUUUAUUGUAAAUACACAUCUUCAAUAAAUAAAAUUACAUAUCAUAUCUAUGUAGUAACUAUAGUACCUGUUAGGCUGGCUCCACCUUAGUGCCCAUUACACGUAGCAUAGUGCUCCGUCGCUCAAACGUACACGCGGCGUCCGCAUUGUUCACACGCUCGACAAUCGCGCACGCCCAAUUUAGGACCAGCUCAGAUAGGGUUAAUAUUAUGUAUGCAGUGUAAUAAUUUAAAGUUUUUUGUACAUAGUUUGUUUUAAUAAAUGUAG